CUCAGAAGUUUGCACAGAGGUGCUAUUUAAAUUACGCUGCAGUAGCGGUAUGCUGUACGAUCUGUUUAACGAGAUCCAAGAUGUUUUCGGUGUCAAAAUGUUAAUCGACCUAAUGGAAGCUGUCUUUGAGAUAUUCGUUGUGAUUUCAUGGAUUUGUUGUUGCAUAGCUGUGCCCUCCCUGGCACACAGUUUUCGUACCGGUCGCAUGAUUGUCAUCUUUGUCAAAGCACUCUGUCAUCUCGGUUUUUUAGUACACGAGCCAAUGCAAGUCAGUCAGCUGCCACACCAGCUCUUAGUCAACUGGCGGAAAAUCUGUUUUGCACGCCAGCAGUGUAUCAGUCAAAAAAGAGUUGGGAUCACCUGCGAGGAAAUGGACAUAGCAUAUUCUACAGAGCAGCUACUUCGUAAGGAAAUGACCUUUAUGGCUGGCCAUAUGGCGUAUCUGGAUUUGUCAAUGAUUGCUUCGGUUAGUAAUUUUUGUGUGCUACCUGCACAAACACAACCCUAUCACCAUAUCGAUAAUCUAUAA